GUUGCGUUCAUCACCUGUAGUCGUCGCUAUUUCUCACCUCACAAUCUGUUCUGAUUGAGUUGGCUAGCAUGUCUGCCACUAUUCCAGGGGCAUGGCCAACAAACGAUGCCUUGGCAGAGGAGAGUUCGCCGAGUCAUCCAAACCCGCAACACUUGCAGGCUCUCCGCGAAUAUCUUAAUGACAGCGACUUACGAAUCUUUCUGGGCGCUCGAGUGAUUAUUAAGCUUGCUAGAAUGGCUGUCAAUACCAGAAUUGCUGUUGUUGACGAACUUCCUGAAGACUACAAUUUUUUCCGCCAGCCGAUCGUGAGUAAGAUUGGGCGCGAUACCCAGAUAGAUCCAAAUCAUUAUUGGAUCGCGAUCGGCACAUCAGACGAGAUUAUGACGCUACAGAAGAAGGGUCCGGCCGCACACCAUGUCGAAAUUUUGCGGUCUAGCUCGCUGUGGCAAAUGAAGUUUUUCCUCGUAACUAGAGAAGAGAAGAGCUGGUGGAAUCCAAUCGGUUUCUCGUCGUUUCCACAUAUGGCUAUCGAACUUCAAAGUUGGAGUUCUCAAGCAAUCCAUUGUUCCCAUCUAGUGGCAUGGUUGAUGAAUCUAAAGCGGUACUUUGAAAACUUCGAUAGCAGCAGCCUUGUAUUGACAGAAGGUGAGCUCAAUACUGUGGAGGUAUCCCUGGCUGCGACAUAAGAAUCUAAUAGAGUCAUCGACGGUUUACACAAUAUAGUCAAGUGGUAUGCUGCUAUUGUCAAGGGGUUGACAGAGAAAGGACGCCUAAAUACUCAGUCUUUGGCCGGCAACAUUCAAUGACCAAUGAAAAGUCUGGAAAUCUGGUCGAUUUUGCGAUCUCGGCUUUGCCAAAACUGAUUGUGGUCAAUUUCCUAUCGAGCAGCUUCGAACAAAGUAUCAAGCGACGCCCUUCGGGGAGCCUUCACGGGUCAAAAAUCUCCUUGGCUGUGGAAAGCGAUCGAAUGUAGCGAUUGACUUAUGGUCGCGGUCACGACUCCACAGCUUCAAACGAAGAGCUUAACUCAGAUCUCUUUUGGGUCACGCUAUUUCGAUAUAGUCGUUAAAGCGACGAUGACAGAACACGUGCUUUGUUUGCC